AUGGCGCGGCAUGGUCAUCCCAUUGACCAAUGGGAGAUACCGCUCGGUGACGAAGAUCCGAUCACGAUAGAUGCCGCGGCGCGGUCCUUUGUGAACCAAUGGCUCGCCAAUUCUUGCCUCUUCACUGAGGAUCAAAACACUACCAGUUCCUUUACUCCUAAUCGGUCCAUGUCUCCUUCUCAGUCUAAGUCGACGCUUGUGAAACAAUCGGAGACCGAUGAGAAGAAACUGACAAAGCUGGGGAUUGAAGAGGCCAAGGUUCUGCCUCGGAACGGAGUCGAUCCCGAGCUAAACCCAGAGUAUCUUAGUGAUGGGAUACUAUUCAAAGCCGAGCUUCGCCGCGGGAAAACCACCAUUGCAUGCUACGUCAAGGACGGCUUGUCAGCUUGCACUGAGUGCAACCAAAAGCGCAUUCGAUGUAGCUUUGUCCAAGACAAACCGUCCAAGACGAAGAAAACCCAGGCUAAAUCGGCUUCUCCUGAAGUCGGGAUGGCUGAAGACAACAACUUCGAGGAGUGGGGCGGGAUAGACAAAGAAGUCGAUCCGGAUGGUCGGUCGUCUUUUGACGCGGACGUGGACAUGAAGUCUGGCUCCGAUGACUCGGCAUCGCCUGAAGAACUCAACUCGGAUUCCGAGAGCGAGAAGGACGAGAUUGACGAAGAAGACCAGGAAGCCGAGGAAGAAGAUGUCGACAAAGAUGAAGAGGAAGAGGUCGAGGUCGACGAGCAGCCAAGCCGUAAGAGGCCUAGGUUGUCGCCAGAAAUCGAGCUUCCUAGUGCCCUGGCCCAUUCCUCUCCCUUGGUCGGGUUGUCCGGUCUGUCUUCAAACCUUGGUCCUCCGUUGACUGAGGUUUCAAGCUUUCCGUUGCCUCUGUCCUCCGCUCCUCGGCCGAUUGAGGCAGGACCUGUGCCUUCCUCAGCACUAGGCCACAUGCAGCGCGUCAUCGACUCUCAAGGUCGUACCUUGUCUGAUCAAGCUGGUCUGAUGGCUGCUCUCCAACUUGAACUGGAGCAGCAGCGGUCUGCUUACGCGCCGCUUCAAGCCCACGCAACAUCAUUGGAGUCCCAGAAUCGAUUGCUCCAAGGUCAACUCGCUUCGGGUUCUUCAACGGGUAAGAAGGCUAGUGGAAAAGGGAAAGAUCGCGCGUUGUAG